AUGUCAUAUUAUAUUGCCAAUCUCUCGGAAGCUGCCCCUGGCCGGGAGCUGCUCAUAAGCGCAGCUUUCAUCGCGGGUCUAUACUGCGUGGCACGCGUACUCUACCAGCUAUGCCUCCAUCCACUGGCUGGUUUCAGAGGUCCACGACAAGCGGCACUUUCGACAUGGUGGUUGUAUUCAAUCAGCAAGUCUGGUCAAGCACCACAGGUUUUCGAGGAACUACACCGCAGAUACAAUACGAGAGUGCUGCGAGUUGGUCCUAAUGAGGUCCACAUAUCCGACUCGUCCCUGUAUCAUACCAUUUACUCUCAAGAUCACGCUUUCACAAAAGAUCCAUAUUUUUAUGACGCUUUCGGAACUCCUCACUCAGUGUUUGUGGAGACUGAUCGAGCACUUCACCGUCAAAGAAGAAAGCUCCUCGGUAAAUUCUUCUCCAAAACAUCUAAACGAGAAUUGCAAAAUGUUUUAUACAGGCAAAUGGAGAAGCUGUGCAACUUGCUAGCAAAGAGAUCCGAGACGGACAGUGAGGAACCACUAAACAUCUAUAAUGCUGCCAGGUGCUUGACGCUGGAUAUAAUCUCGGAUAUCGCCUUCGGACGUUCUUUGGACACACUAAGCAGUGCAAAAGGUAGCACGUUUGAAAGUAGUCUUCUGCACGCUCUCGACCUUGCAGCCCAUUCAAUAUGGGACAUGAUGUAUAUUCCACAGCUUCGCGCAUUGAUGGGAAAUAUGCCACUUGCCUUGACAAAUUGGCUGGGCGGCCCCGCUGUGCAUUUCGCUCGUCUCACAGAGAACAUCAAAUCCGUGGUCGAAAAGUUCAAGGAUCUCAAGUCAGCGGGCAAGUCUUUCGAUCACGCAGUUGUGUUCGACGAUCUCACUGAGCUAGAUGAUACAUCCUUGAUUGCCGAAGCUACCGACAUUCUCGUAGCAGGCUCCGACACUACGGCAACCACUCUUGCUGUAGCUCUGUAUCAGUUGACUCACAUUCCAGAAGUAUAUGCGGCGCUGAAGCAUGAAAUCCGAAACGCCGACCUCAAGACACCAGAGGACUUUGAUUUGACCCGACUUGAGCAGUUCCCUUACCUUUCCGCUACCGUGAAAGAAGCCCUCCGCUUUGCAAAUGCCGUUCCUGGGAGAUUGCCACGUGUAGUGCCAUCACCACAGUCAAAGGCCGGCGUCCUCGAGGUUGACGGAAAAGUGAUUCCCGAAGGUACCAUUGUCAGCAUAUCUGCUUACAUGGUUCUCUUUGAUGAGUCGAUAUGGGGAAGUGAUGCUCAAACAUUCAACCCCAAACGGUGGCUCUCGGACGAGGGGAGGCAACUGGACAAAUAUCUGGUUACGUUUUCCAAAGGCGCCCGACAGUGCCUCGGCAUCAACCUCGCGAAUGCCGAGCUCACGCUCGCAUUGGCCAUGAUUGUGAGCAGAUUUGAUCUCACAGCAGACGAUACCUUGACGGAUCUGGACAUGAAGUCGUAUGAUGGAUUCACGCGUUCUUACAAGGAUGGACCAGGGCCGCGGCUGAAGGUUUCCAUCUUGUAA